CCCCUCCUCUGACACCCUUGAAAGCAUCUUGUUUUCUGGCAACAACAGAAUCUUGCAGAGCCAUCUUGAUUUUUCUCCUGCCCCAAUUCAUGGGAUUCAUUGUCUGCCAAGAGUCCUUGUUCUGAGUAUUAGAGACCAAAAUCUGAGUGCCAGAAGUAUGUGGGGACACCCCCCCAGGGUGUGAAAGUUCUGUUGCUUUGGACUACUUUUGGAAAUGUCACCUGAAAACUACAUCCUUUUUAAAGAAUGUACAACACCGAGAGUGAACCCUGAUGUAAACUGUGGACUCUGGGUGAUACCUAUGUAUCAAUGCCCAAAAUCUCCUCUGCUGACUUGAUAAACCUGCUGCUCACGGGGUUCCAUCCUUGUGAUGGGAGGGGGUGCUGGUGACCUUUGGCUACUUGCAACUGUUAAGGCUGCCAGGGGCUCAGCUGUGCUCAGAUGGAUGGGACAGAGACUCGACAGCGGAGGCCAGAGGAGCUGGGCCUGCCACUCACCCUCAGCACAGAAGGACUCCCUGCAGCCUCAGAAGAUGGACCUUUCAGUGUCCCUGAGAGCCAGAGGGUGGCCCCUAAACCACUGGGGACUGAGCUCAGCAGGGAGACCGCCUUGUCCAUUGGCCUUCAGGUGACAGUGCCCUUCAUGUUUGCAGGCCUGGGACUGUCUGGGGCUGGCAUACUUUUGAGCUAUUUCCAGGGCAAGAAGCUGCGAGGCUUCAGCUGUGAGCUCACCCAGUCCCCCCGCGGGGUCUUCCCAGAGACCAUCUUCACUAGCACCUGCCAGAUUGUGGUGCCCAUUCUGCUCUCUGGCCUGGGCGUGGUGACUGCCGGCCUGGUGAUGAACACCAUCCAACACUGGCCCGUGUUUUUGGAGGUGAAAGACCUGUUGACGUUGGUGCCGCCCCUGGUGGGCCUGAAGGGGAACCUGGAAAUGACACUGGCAUCACGACUCUCCACAGCUGCCAACACUGGACAAAUUGAUGACCCCCGGGAGCAGCACAGAGUCAUCAGCAGUAACCUCGCCCUCAUUCAGGUACAGGCCACCGUCGUGGGGCUCCUGGCUGCCGUGGCCGCCCUGCUGCUGGGUGCUGUGUCCAGGGAGGAGUUAGACUUUGCGACGGCGGAGCUGCUGUGCACCAGCAGUGUCAUCACUGCCUUCCUCGCGGCCUUUGCCCUAGGAAUGCUGAUGGUCUGCAUAGUGAUUGGCGCUCGAAAGCUCGGGAUCAACCCAGACAACAUCGCUACGCCCCUUGCCGCCAGCCUGGGAGACCUCAUCACAUUGUCCCUUCUGGCUUUCGUUAGCAGCUUCUUCUAUAAACACAAAGACAGUUGGUAUCUGAUGCCGCUGAUCUGCAUUGGCUUCAUGGCCUUGACCCCUGUGUGGGUCCUCAUUGCCAAGCAGAACCCACCCAUCAUGAAGAUUCUGAAGUUUGGGUGGUUCCCAAUCAUCCUAGCGAUGGUCAUCAGCAGUUUCGGAGGGCUCAUCUUGAGCAAAACCAUUUCUAAACCGCAGUACAAAGGCAUGGCCGUAUUGACUCCUAUCAUAUGUGGUGUUGGUGGCAAUCUGGUAGCCAUUCAGACCAGCCGCAUCUCCACCUACCUGCACAUGUGGAGCACGCCUGGGGUCCUACCUCUCUGGAUGAAAAAAUUCUGGCCUAACCCGUGCUCCACUUUCUGUACCUCAGAAAUCAAUUCCAUGUCAGCCCGAGUCCUGCUCUUUCUGGUGGUUCCAGGCCAUCUGAUUUUCUUCUGUGUCAUCUACCUGAUGGGAGGCCAUUCGGUCCCAAACAGCAAGACCUUUGUGGUGUUCUAUCUGCUAGCAGGCCUGAUCCAGGUGACAAUCCUGCUGUACCUGGCAGAAGUGAUGGUUCGGCUGACGUGGCACCAUGCCCUGGAUCCAGACAACCACUGUAUCCCGUAUCUCACAGGGCUGGGGGACCUCCUAGGAACUGGCCUCCUGGCACUCUGCUUUCUUAUCAACUGGUUAUUGAGGAGCAAGGCAGAGCUGGUUGGCGUCUCUGAACUGCUGUCGGGACCUCCCUAAUUAGCCCAGGCAGCCCCAGUUCAGUGGGGUACAGAAUGCAGCUUCUCCCUGGCCGAGUCCUCAGGAAGAUGAACACCUGCUCUGCAGGGGCCCUUGUCAGUCAGCUGAGGAGGCUCGCACACACCUUGAAUCUGCAGCUGGAACCUGAGCCCGUGACGGAGGCCUGAAAUCACAAGCGUUGUCUGUGAGUGUGUGAGUGUGAGUGCGUGCGCCUGGGCAUGAGUGUGUACCCGCAUGCUGGGUAUGGGAGUGCGUGUGCAUGUGUUUGGAAAACAGGGCACUCUGGCCUGAAGAUGCUGAAGGAAGAGGAAUGUCCAGUGCACAUUGGGGGAUGUGGGGGCGCUGUUUGUGCCCGUGCAGCGGGCAUUGUGGUGGGGCAGGAAGGAGAGCUGUUGUGUGUCCAAGCCUCAGGACUCUAAACCACGGCUUAACUGAUGUCUUCACUAGGUCCAGCUCCAUGGGCCACUCUGCUGCUGUGUCCUGCAAAUGUGUGCACCCCUUCCCAGGACAGGCGUUGCACAACCCUCAUCUGUUCCCAGCAUUUAAUCUUGUCACUGCUUUUUUUUUUCUUUUUCUUUUAGCAAAAACCUCUGUUUAGAUUUUAAUCAUCAGAGAAGUAUGAAAUAAAACGUAGAUUAUAUUGUA